AUGGCGCGCAUCAAAAACAAACCCACCCGCAAGGGUGUGGGUAACCCCAAGCGGCAGCAGGUCCAGCAACUGCGCAGGAGACCAUCUGCUUCCUCCCCCAUCAGCCCCGAUAGUGACAGCGCCGCGUCUUCGCCGUCAACGCCUAGCGGCAAAUCCCAGCCACCCUCGGGGGGCCCCUCCUCUGGGGGGCCCCUUGGAGGCGCCCCUGGCAGCAGGCAAGUCGGCAUAGGGCACCGACCGCGCCCACACCCGGGGGUCAAAGCGCUUAAAGAGAUCCUCAGAUACAGGAACAGCACGGAGUUGCUGAUUCCUAGGGCUCCUUUCUUCCGUCUGGUGCGCGAAGUCGCUCAAAAAUUUACGCCUCCAUACUUUGGAAUGUACAGGUUCACCUCGGCGGCUCUUGAGGCCAUACAGUGCGCAGCAGAAGCAUUUGUCACGGGGCUGCUUGAGGACUCCAAUUUGUGUGCGCUGCAUGCGGGACGCGUCACCCUCAUGCCAAAAGACCUCCACCUUGCCCGGAGGAUCAGACACACGUAA